AUGAGCGAAGAACAUAGAAACGUUGCAUGUGUGUUGUGUAGGUAUCAACAUAGACGUCACGAUGGUAGUUGUGAAUUUGGACAGUAUUUUGCGAGCAACAGGUCAAUAGAGUUUGAGAAUGCUUGCAAGCUUUUUGGUUUGGCAAAUUUACUUAGAUUGAUGCGUAGUGUUGAAGCAUCUGAAAGACAAGUUAUGGCUGAUUCCAUUCUAAUUGAGGGUAACAUGUGGAGCAAUGAUCCCAUUCAUGGUGCCUUAGGUCAUGUCCUUACUUUGAACAAUCAAAUCCAAUCUGUUCAGAGAGAGUUACAAAUUGUAAACACUAUGCUAGCUCAAUGCCCACUUCAUACAACUUCACAUGUUGCAAACACCGCUGUGGGUGAUGUUGCUGGUUCUUCUCACACCGGACAAUCAAGUGUUGUUCCGUCUCUUGAGAAAGAGGAUGCUGCUCAAGAGAAUGAUGAUGAGGUUAAGAGAAAGAAUAAAAGAAAGCAUUGA